CCCAUUCGGCGUCGUUGGUGACCCCCAGCCCCCGUCGAUUCAUUCAUUCAUUCGUCGGCCGAGGCCGAGAGAGGGGGCCUUGCUGGGGGCUCUGUCGGCCACCCCGCCUGGCCACGCGUCGGCCCGCCACGGGGUCGCCCGUCUCGUCGCUCGGCCACUUGGCGAGGCACCAAGGCCACCACCGGUCGUGUCAGCGGCUGGGACACAUUCCCCGCCUGCCGGGGAAGUCCUCGGGUGACCCGUCGACCCGCUCGCGGCCUCGUCUCUCGGGGGCCCUCCCGGGCCACCGGUCGCAUCGCCUGUUCGGUCAUUCGCGGGCCCCCCUGUUGGGGUACCAGCUGCGUGCCGGUCUCGAGUGCCGGUCGCGUCUGGCCAUGUCUGGCGGGGUGGUGGCCGUGGCUGGCGGUGGUGGCGGUGGUGGUGGCGGUGGUGGCGGCGUGGUGACCGCGGGCCCCACGGCCGUGGCCUCGAGCCGGGCCCGUCUGUACGCGGACGCCAACACGCACCGUGCCCGCGACUACUGGGACUACGAGGCCCACGUGGUGGACUGGGGGAACCAGGACGACUUCCAGCUGGUGCGGAAGCUGGGACGGGGGAAAUACAGCGAGGUGUUUGAGGCCAUCAACAUUACGAGCAACGAGAAGGUGGUCGUGAAGAUCCUCAAGCCGGUUAAAAAGAAGAAGAUCAAGCGGGAAAUCAAGAUCCUGGAGAACCUGAGGGGAGGUCCCAACAUCAUCUCCCUCGUCGACAUCGUCAAGGACCCCGUGUCCCGCACGCCGGCCCUCGUGUUCGAGUUCAUCAACAACACAGACUACAAGCAACUCUACCAGACCCUGUCGGACUUCGACAUCCGCUUCUACAUGUACGAGAUCCUCAAGGCUCUGGAUUUCUGCCACAGCAUGGGCAUCAUGCACAGGGACGUGAAGCCUCACAACGUGAUGAUCGACCACGAGAGCAGGAAGCUGCGUCUCAUUGACUGGGGACUCGCCGAGUUUUACCACCCGGGCCAGGAGUACAACGUGCGCGUCGCCUCGCGCUACUUCAAGGGCCCGGAGCUGCUGGUGGACUACCAGAUGUACGACUACAGCCUGGACAUGUGGAGUCUGGGCUGCAUGCUCGCCUCCAUGAUCUUCCGCAAGGAGCCCUUCUUCCACGGACACGACAACUACGACCAGCUGGUGCGCAUAGCGCGGGUUCUGGGAACAGAAGACCUCUUCAACUACAUUGACAAAUACAACAUCGACCUGGACCCGCGAUUCAACGACAUCCUGGGCAGGCACUCGCGCAAGCGCUGGGAGCGGUUCGUGCACAGCGAGAACCAGCACCUCGUGAGCCCGGAGGCGCUCGACUUCCUGGACAACCUCCUGCGCUACGACCACCAGGCGCGGCUCACGGCGCGCGAGGGCAUGGAGCACCCCUACUUCUACCCCGUGGUGAAGGAGCAUGGCCGCAAGGGAUCGUCUGCCGGCCUCUUCAGUAGCAGCAGCGGCGGCGGCAGCAACGUGGCCAGCAACGUGGCGGCCAUCAACUCUCCCCGCGGGAGCCUGACGGCCGUGGGCUCGAUGCUGUCCCCUGCGAACGCCGCGGGGGGGGUCCCCGUGACCCCCGCCACCGCCAUCGCCGGGGCCCCCCAGUGACCGAUCCCCGGGGGACCCCCAUCCCCCCACCCCCCCGCCACUCCCCCCCACCGACAAGAUGACACGGACACACGCACACACACAGAGGACGAUCGCACGCCCCCCGCGCUGUCGACCGGGAAACAAAACAACGCAGAGACUCACUCGGCGGUGGGGAGGAGGAUGGAGAGGAGGUGGACUGAGGGCAGAGGAGGUGGAUGGAGAGGAGAGGUGGACGAAGAGGAACGGGGCCUCUCUGUGCCCGAGGGCGCGUGGAGCACGAAGCCACCACCACCACGCUCCGAGACAGCACGCGGAACUGCUCUCGAAUUUUAUCCGCGGCGUAGAUUCGGCGCGAAGCCGCCCGCGGUGGGGUGGUGGAGGGGGGAGGGGGGCGGGGGGGAGGGGGGAGGGGGGCGUAGAGGAGUCACCGACCUCGUCAGUGACUCCUCUACGCAGUCAAGUCUGGCAGAGAGCAUCGGAGAGUUUGAGAGAGUUUGAGAGUUUGGGGGUAUCUGGGAGAGUUU